AUGAGUGCGGGCCCCGGCUGUGAGCCCUUCACCAAGCGACCGCGCUGGGACGCCGCUGCAACUUCUCUGCCGGCCGCCUCGGACGCCCGGAGCUUCCCCGGCAGGCAGAGGCGCGUCCUCGAUUCCAAGGACGCUCCAGUGCACUUCAGGGUCCCGUCGUCCUCGUCAGGCUUCGUCCCGGGCCGGGCGGGACAGCACCGAGGCAGCGCCACCUCUCUUGUUUUCAAACAGAAGACUAUAACCAGUUGGAUGGACACUAAAGGAAUCAAGACAGUGGAAUCAGAAAGUUUGCAUAGUAAAGAAAACAACAAUACAAGAGAAGAAUCCAUAAUGAGUUCUGUACAAAAAGAUAACUUUUAUCAACAUAACAUGGAAAAAUUAGAAAAUGUUUCUCAGCUAGGUUUUGAUAAGUCAUCAGUUGAAAAAAGUACACAGUAUUUGAACCAGCAUCAGACUGCAACUAUGUGUAAGUGGCAGAAUGAAGGGAAACACUCACAACGGCUUUUGGAAAGUGAACCUCCAGCAGUAACUCUGGUAUCAGAGCAGUUCAGUAAUGCUAACGUUGAUCAGUCACCCCAGAAUGAUGACCACAGUGACGCAAACAGUGAGGAGAGUAGAGAUAAUCAACAGUUUUUGACACAUGUAAAGCUUGCGAAUGCAAAGCAGACAAUGGAAGAUGAACAGGGCAGAGAAACCAGAAGCCACCAGAAGUAUAGCAAGGCUUGCCAUCCUGCAGAAGACUGUGCAGGGUGUCAGCAGGAAGAGACAGACGUGGUGCCAGAGAGCCCCUUGUCGGACAUUGGCUCUGAGGAUGUUGGUACUGGACUGAAAAAUGCCAACAAAUUGAGUAGACACGAAAGUAGUCUAGGAAAUUCUCCUCCAUUUGAGAAAGAAAGUGAACCUGAGUCGCCAAUGGAUGUAGAUAAUUCCAAAAAUAGUUGUCAGGAUUCAGAAGCAGAUGAAGAGACAAGUCCAGGUUUUGAUGAACAGGAAGAUAGCAGUUCUGCUCAAACAGCAAAUAAACCUUCAAGGUUCCAACCAAGAGAAGCUGACACUGAGUUGAGGAAGCGGUCCUCUGCUAAGGGAGGUGAGAUUCGAUUACAUUUCCAAUUUGAAGGAGGAGAGAGUCGAGCUGGAAUGAAUGAUUUGAAUGUCAAACUACCUGGAAGUACUUCUAGCCUGAAUGUAGAGUGCAGGAAUUCUAAGCAACAUGGGAGAAAGGAUUCUAAAAUCACAGAUCAUUUCAUGAGAAUGCCCAAAGCAGAGGACAAAAGAAAAGAACAAUGUGAAAUGAAACAUCAAAGAACAGAAAGGAAGAUCCCUAAAUACAUUCCACCUCACCUUUCUCCAGAUAAGAAAUGGCUUGGAACUCCUAUUGAGGAAAUGAGAAGAAUGCCAAGGUGUGGGAUCCGGCUGCCUCCCUUGAGACCGUCUGUCAAUCACACAGUGACUAUUCGGGUAGAUCUUUUGCGAAUAGGAGAAGUUCCUAAACCUUUCCCAACACAUUUUAAAGAUUUGUGGGACAACAAGCAUGUUAAGAUGCCUUGUUCAGAACAAAACUUGUACCCUGUAGAAGAUGAGAAUGGUGAGCGAACUGCAGGGAGCCGGUGGGAGCUCAUUCAGACUGCACUUCUCAACAAGUUCACUCGACCCCAAAACUUGAAGGAUGCUAUUCUGAAGUACAAUGUGGCAUAUUCUAAGAAAUGGGACUUUACAGCUUUGAUUGAUUUCUGGGAUAAGGUACUAGAAGAAGCAGAAGCUCAACACUUAUAUCAGUCCAUUUUGCCUGAUAUGGUGAAAAUUGCACUCUGCCUGCCAAAUAUUUGUACCCAGCCAAUACCGCUCCUGAAACAGAAGAUGAAUCAUUCCAUCACAAUGUCACAGGAACAGAUUGCCAGUCUUUUAGCUAAUGCUUUCUUCUGCACAUUUCCACGGCGCAAUGCUAAGAUGAAAUCAGAGUAUUCUAGUUAUCCAGAUAUUAACUUCAAUCGGUUGUUUGAGGGACGUUCAUCAAGGAAACCAGAGAAGCUUAAAACGCUCUUCUGCUACUUUAGAAGAGUCACAGAGAAAAAACCCGCUGGGUUGGUGACAUUUACAAGACAGAGUCUUGAAGAUUUUCCAGAGUGGGAAAGAUGUGAAAAACUCCUGACUCGAUUGCAUGUCACUUAUGAAGGUACCAUAGAAGGAAAUGGUCAAGGCAUGCUACAGGUGGAUUUUGCAAACCGUUUUGUUGGAGGUGGUGUAACCAGUGCAGGACUUGUGCAAGAAGAAAUCCGCUUUUUAAUCAACCCUGAGUUGAUUGUUUCACGGCUCUUCACUGAGGUGCUGGAUCACAAUGAAUGUCUUAUCAUCACAGGUACUGAACAGUACAGUGAAUACACAGGCUAUGCCGAAACAUACCGUUGGGCCCGGAGCCAUGAAGAUAGGAGUGAAAGGGACGACUGGCAGAGGCGCAGCACUGAAAUCGUCGCCAUUGACGCCCUUCACUUCAGACGCUACCUCGACCAGUUUGUGCCUGAGAAAAUCAGACGUGAGCUUAACAAGGCUUACUGUGGAUUUCUUCGUCCUGGAGUUUCUUCAGAGAACUUGUCUGCAGUAGCCACAGGAAACUGGGGCUGUGGUGCUUUUGGGGGCGAUGCUAGACUAAAAGCCUUAAUACAGAUACUGGCAGCUGCUGUAGCUGAGCGAGACGUGGUUUAUUUCACCUUUGGGGACGCAGAAUUGAUGAGAGACAUUUACAGCAUGCAUACAUUCCUUACUGAAAGGAAACUGACUGUUGGAGAAGUAUAUAAGCUGCUGCUACGAUAUUACAAUGAAGAAUGCAGAAACUGCUCCACCCCUGGACCAGACAUCAAGCUUUAUCCAUUCAUAUACCAUGCAGUUGAGUCUUGUACACAGACCACCAACCAGCCAGGACAAAGGACUGGGGCCUGA